CCUUGCGGCUUCCGGUUGUACUCGGCCCGCGUCGCGCUUGGGCUCUCGCGUUUUUCGACGACGGCUCGGCUUCAUCAUUGAAGAAAAUGGCGGAUGGCGUGGAUAUUGAUUUGUACGCCGACGAUUUAGAAGAAGGUUUUGGCCAGGAUGAGUUUGGCAAUGAUGGUGUUGAUCUCUACGACGAUGUGAUUGGAGCACCUCCAAGUGGUGGAGAGGGUGAACCUCCUGCUAGUCAGCAGCUGAACACAAGCAGCAGCAGUUCGGGCACUCCUGCCCAAACUAACGAUAGGUCUCCAAACAAUGGAGGUCCAUCCUACCAUCAUGGAUCUAAUAACGUCCAAGCCAACCAUGGUGGAAGACGCUACCAACUGUAUGUUGGUAAUCUUACUUGGUGGACAACUGAUCAAGACAUUACUGAAGCUGUUCUUGGAAUUGGUGUUAACGACUUCCUGGAGGUUAAGUUUUUUGAGAAUCGAGCUAAUGGCCAAUCAAAAGGUUUUUGUGCCAUUUCUCUUGGGUCAGAGCAGAGCAUGCGUAUGUGCAUGGAUCGGUUGUGCAAGAAGGAACUACAUGGACAGUGUCCCGUUGUGACUUUCCCAACAAAGCAAGCUUUAAAUCAGUUUGAGUCACAGUCCAAGACUCGUCCCGCACCCACUCCCAACUCAGGUCAUCACCAGCAAGGCCCCCAUGGCCCUCGCGGCCCCCACGGUCCUCAUGGACCCCAUGGCCCGGGCGGUCCCCGCAUGAUGAUGGGACCACCACAAGGGAUUCGGGGACGCAUGCCGCCUCCAGGCAUGCCCCCACCAGGCGGCCCAGGCGGUCCCCGCAUGCCAGGCCCCAUGGGGCACCAAGGCCCUCACCAGGGCCCUCCCAACCAAGGGCCACCCCCUGGCUUCCAGCACAACAAUUGGAACGGCCCCAGGGCCAAUGGCAUGUCAGGACCUCCGCCAAUGGGGCCGCCCCAACAAGGUCCUCCUCCUCAGCAGCAGAGACCUCCGCCAGGCAUGGUUGGCCAAUACGACUAUCCACCCUUCCAGGUUCCGCCUCCAGGGCAAGGCCCGCCUAGAGGUCCUCCUCCUGGGCCUGGUGGACCAGGCGGUCCAGGACCAGACCAGAGGGGACCACCCCCACGCCCUGAUUGGAGUAGGCCACCAGGCAUGCCCCAUCAUGGGCAGCCACAGGGAUUCCCACAACACCAGCCCCCACCAAUGCAAGGUCCACCCCCUGGGCAGGGUCCGCCCCCCAGGGGCCCACCACCCGGCCAGAUGGGUGGCCCUGGAGGCCCCCCUCCUCCUCACGGGGGCCCCCCACCUCAAGGCCCAGCUCCCCACGUGAAUCCGGCCUUCUUUGGCGGCCACCAACCCCAGGGGCCGCCCCCACACUCCCACCCCGGACACCCCAACCACCCUCCCCACCCUGGACACCCCAACCACCCCGCUCACCCAGUGCCCCCUCAGCAGGGCCCCCCGCAUGGCCCUCCUCACGGCCCCCCUCAGAUGCCUCCCCACGGACCCCCCCACGCGUACGGACCACCGCCUCCAGCUACCCAGGUACGCGGCUGGCCCAACAGUGACCGCCCUCCGUAUGGAGCUCCCCCACCAGACCACAGACCCGAUGGGCCUCCUCCUAUUAGUGAACCUGAAUUUGAAGAAAUCAUGGGUCGCAACAGAACAGUUUCUAGCUCAGCUAUUGCUCGAGCUGUUUCAGAUGCUGCUGCGGGUGAAUAUGCAAGCGCAAUUGAAACACUAGUGACAGCAAUCUCCCUCAUCAAGCAGUCCAAGGUGGCCAACGAUGACAGGUGUAAGAUCCUCAUCAGCUCCCUGCAAGAUACGCUUCAUGGUGUGGAGGCCAAGAGCUACGGCUCUGGCCGUAGAGAACGCUCCAGAUCUCGUGACAGGGAUCGGCCACACCGCCGCCGUCGUGAGAGGUCCAGGAGUCGGGAGCGCGAGUAUCGCGAGAGGAGCCGCGAGCGCGACAGGGACAGGGAGAGGGACCGCGAACGGGAGCGGGACAGAGAGAGGUACUACGCAGAGACUUACUCCAGAGAUAGAGCAGCUGAGAGGUCCAGGAGCCGUGACAGAGAGCGCGAAAGGGAGUACAGAGAACGCAGUCGUGAAGACAGUACAACGCGGCAGACUGUUCGAACCCGCGCCAAGUCUCCAGAGGUCCCUGAUGCUGGACCCAUUGUCAGCUCAAAGUCGAGAUACUAUGAUGAACGCUACAGAGAAAGAGAUCGCGAACGAGAGCGUGAAAGGGAGAGGGACCCCACUGCACGCAGAGAGCCUGAGAGAGAGAGGGAGCGGGACAGAGAGAGGCGGGAGGAGAGGGAGUCCUCCCACAGGAGCUCCACACGCCAUUAGCGGCGCAUUCCAGACACAACACCAGUGUGGCUCUUCAAACAAAUUUACUUUUGUUCUACAUGUUUUUUCCCCCCAUGCCCGUAACCUGCUUUUGCUCAAGCAAAACUGUUGUAGACUUUACCUCUUUUCUCCUAUAUUGACUAUGUUCAAAUCAGAAACCAAUAGUGUGCUAGAUGAUUAUUGCAUUUGUUGUAAGCUAUUUUUUUGUUUUUAAUGGUGAUGUCAAGGACUUCGACUCAUGAACAUCAACUCUACUGAAAUGCCACCAGAACAAGAGGAAUGUCUACUUUCUGGACAUCAUCAGCCCAAGGCGAAGUUCAUGAAGUUGCUUACAACAGAAGAAGGAAGAAUGUAAUUUUUAACAGAACACUGGCUUUGGGUAGAAUCCUUACUAUUGUUUAUAGGGAUAUGUAAUUAUUUUCAAUGAAUUUGCACAUUUAUCUGAUCAGGUAUUCUGUAGUGUGGCUUUUUCAGUUGUGUGACUGAGGAUGCCUUUUAAUUUUAUGACUGCUAACUUUUAUGUAGAACCAUUCAGUUUUAUGAGUUGCUUCUUUGAAUAAGCCAGAUGUUCUGUAUACUGUAUUUGUAUGGUGUAAUGAUUAAAAUGUGAAAAACAGGGUUUGUUUCAUUACUGUAGAAUCCCUGCCAUGUCCUGCUACAAAUGUUUUAAUUUUAUUUUGUGAGUUCUUUGGUGCAUUUGUGAACCUCAGUGUAGAUGGGUGAUCUAAUGUAUGGUGCUUGUUAUUUUAUUGCUGGCAAAUACUACCUCAUCUUAAUCAUAUUAAAAAAUCGUAAUGUUGAUCAAGGAUUUCACAUGUGAUGCUUUGCAUAAGUUUGAUCAUAAGCUCCUUUUAAAAAUUUUGCUAAAUGUUGAUUUGACUGAUUGUGACUGUUUGGUUUCUCAUAAAUCAUUGUGUGAUCUUUUAAAAAGCAGUCAGUUUGUAGAAUCCCGAUUCUUCGUCUAAUAUUCUGAAGUCCAUUUUGCAAUGUUCGUCAAAUACUAUGUAUGUUCCUUGUUUUAAAAACAAAACAUGAUCUUUUGAUCUACAUAUGAACUGUGAUGCUUUGACUUUGCUAGUUCAGUUAAUGGUGUUACUGGUCCAUUGUUUUGAGAAAGCUUUCAAUCAUCUAAUUUUCUUUCCAAAUGCAGUUACUUGUUGGAAGUGGUUUGUGACUUGAUUAACUUCCUCAAUUCUAUCAUUAUUUUCUUUACUAAUGUCAGAGGAAAACAGUUUUAAACUCCUGAGCUACUGCCAGUUUUAUUUAUUUAUUUAUUUUAUUUUUUGUUUGACACGUGUCUUUUUUUCCCACUUAUGUUUUGUGACAGUUCUAGUCUGUGGUCCCAGUAUUAGUCAUCUCAAUCAACUCGCACACAUGAACAGAAUUAGUGCGUUAAAGUGUUGUUAGUGGGAAAUGAAAAUAUUUUUUCUGUUUCUUUCAAAGCUUUCAGUGUAAAGCUAAGCUUCCAAAAAUCUUUUAGUCGGGUUUAUCUGAAUCUUUGGACCCCAAAAAUGCAGUUUUAUCAGUCUUUCUAUGAAUCAGUACUUUGCAACUUUGUUGAUAAGUCAGUUUGUCUCCAAAAAAGGCAGUUUUCUUUUCUCCAAGUAACUGCCUGUUAGACAUGUCCAACACAUUACAUUGCUGGGUGGUGUUCCUGAUAAAGCAAUAGUGUAGAACCAAGGAGACCUUUUAUCGUUUUUGUGAUGUCCAUUACCCAUGAUUAAUUUGUGAUGACGAAGUAGUGGGUUUGAUUAAUGUUUUAACAAAUACCUUUGAUGUAAAUUCGUUUUAUUUUUUAUGCAGUUUAUGAGCUCUUUGCUGAAUAUGUGGACUUGCUUGAAAUUAUCACAAAUGUUGGUCAGUAUCAAAAUGAAACGCUAAACCAAGAGUAGCUUAACUGCAUUUGAUUUAAAAUUACUCUCUUCUAUAUGUGCACUGCUCUAAAGUAGUUUGGCACUAACAACUAUCCAAAGUGUUCUUUGUAUCUGGCAAUUAUCUGUUCAGACCCACUCAUAUAAUUUCCAACACAUUGACUAAAUUCAACAUAAUGCACCUGUCACAAUUGACGUAUUCAACUAAAUGUUACAUGUUUCCCAACAGUUUUCCAUCAUCAUGAUCAUGGAUGAUGGAAUAACAGUGUUAAUUAUUGUUCCACUCAAUUACAGAGAGUUGAGACUUGUUCUAUGUCCCUCUGUUUUGUACCAUCAAUUUUCUUAUAUUUGCAAUGGGUGCUCUUUCCACCUUUGUCCAAGCAGUGAUGUUUAUGAACUUAAAGAUGGUUUUUACAUUCAGA